GACAUGGAUAGAUGCAAACAUGUUGGGCGGCUACGACUCGCCCAGGACCAUUCUAUCCUGAAUCCCCAGAAGUGGCACUGCAAGGACUGCAACACCACGGAGUCUAUAUGGGCUUGUCUGAAAUGCUCCCACGUGGCCUGUGGAAGAUACAUUGAGGAACAUGCACUUAAACACUUUGAAGAGACCAAGCAUCCCUUGGCUAUGGAAGUUAAUGAUCUGUAUGUGUUUUGUUACCUUUGUGAAGACUAUGUCUUGAAUGAUAAUCCUGAGGGUGAUUUGAAAUUGUUAAGAAGCUCUCUGUCUGCUAUUAGAAGUCAGAAGCAUGAUCCAUCAGCAAGAAGUGGGAGGACAUUGCGAUCAAUGGCUUUGGGGGAGGAUGUGUAUAGCCAUCAAAGGACCCCUCAGGGACAGCCUCAGAUGCUCACUGCUCUCUGGCACAGGCGCCAAUCUUUGCUAGCAAAAGCACUGCGGACCUGGUUUGAUAAGAGUUCUAGAGGCCGGCUAAAACUAGAACAAAAGAAACAAAUGGAGGAACUGGAGAGAAAGAAGGAAGCAGCCAGGCAGAGGCGGCAAGAGAUGAAACGGCGACUUUUGGAGGAACUGGCAAACACUCCUCCUAGAAAGAGUGCGAGACUUCUGUCUCAUGUUCACAGAGAGAAUCUGAUUCCAAGGAAGUUUAGAGAGAUGGCAGCAAGUUCCCCUACCUCAAGGCGAGUGCAGAGCAGCAGAUUCAGACAGUUUUAUUCCAUCCGGCGUAAGCCCCUAAUGACUCCUGGUGUGACUGGCUUAAGGAAUCUGGGAAACACAUGCUACAUGAACUCAAUCCUUCAAGUGCUAAGUCACCUCCAGAAGUUCAGAGAAUGUUUUUUGACACUUGACCUCUGUGAAACUGAAGAACUCUUAGCCAAAACCGUGAAUGGAAAGUCUAGAAUGUCUGGCAAGUUGGCAAAUGGAUCUGCUGCUAACGAGUCAGGGAGGAAUGAUAAAAUGGGGUCAUAUGGCAGGCAAAGCUUGCCAGCUGGCUUAAAUGGUGGGUCCUCAAUAAGCAGGAGUUUAGAACUAAUCCAGCCCAAGGAACCGAGUUCAAAGCACAUUUCUCUCUGCCAUGAACUGCACACCCUCUUCAGAGUCAUGUGGUCUGGGAAGUGGGCAUUAGUGUCUCCAUUUGCCAUGCUGCACUCCGUGUGGAGUUUGAUUCCAGCAUUUCGAGGUUACGAUCAGCAGGACGCUCAGGAAUUUCUCUGUGAGCUGUUGGACAAAGUGCAGCAGGAGCUGGAGUCGGAAGGAACGAAGCGCAGGAUCCUCAUCCCUUUCUCACAGAGGAAGCUCACCAAGCAGGUCCUGAAGGUGGUGAACACCAUUUUUCACGGGCAGCUGCUCAGUCAGGUCACCUGCAUAACAUGCAACUACAAAUCCAACACCAUUGAGCCCUUCUGGGAUCUUUCCCUGGAAUUCCCUGAACGCUAUCACUCUAUUGAGAAAGGGAUUGUCCCCGUUAACCAGACAGAGUGCAUGCUGACAGAAAUGUUGGCCAAGUUCACAGAAACAGAAGCUCUGGAAGGGAGGAUAUAUGCGUGUGACCAGUGCAACAGCAAACGACGGAAGUCUUCUCCUAAACCUCUUGUUCUGAGUGAAGCUAAAAAGCAGUUAAUGAUCUACAGACUACCUCAGGUCCUCCGGCUGCACCUUAAACGAUUCAGGUGGUCUGGACGUAAUCACCGUGAGAAGAUUGGGGUCCAUGUCCUCUUUGACCAGGUAUUAAACAUGGAACCUUACUGCUGCAGGGACUCUCUCUCCUCUCUUGACAAAGAGACCUUUGUCUAUGACCUCUCCGCUGUGGUGAUGCAUCAUGGUAAAGGGUUUGGCUCAGGACACUACACAGCAUAUUGCUACAACACAGAGGGAGGUUUUUGGGUCCACUGCAAUGAUUCCAAACUGAAUGUAUGUAGUGUGGAGGAGGUGUGCAAAACCCAGGCCUACAUUCUUUUUUACACUCAAAGAACAGUGCAGGGCAAAGCAGGAAUCUCAGAAACACAACUCCAAGCUCAGGUGCCGUCCAAAAACAGCGAUAAGGACAGAAGACUGACAUUCCCAUGA